UGUCUCUCGCUUAAGGGCGGACCUCAGCGGUUUGAAAGAUCCGCGCGCGGGGCAGGAGCGGAGGUUCUUUGCGUGACUGGGAUGUCGGUGUUGCGGCCACUGGACAAGCAGCCUGGCCUGAACACGGCCACCAUCUUGCUGGUGGGCACGGAAGAUGCUCUUCUGCAGCAGCUGGCCGACUCGAUGCUCAAGGAGGACUGCGCCUCGGAGCUGAAGGUUUUCUCAUUUUUCAGCCACCUGGCAAGGUCCCUCCCUCUGCCCUCCAAUGUGAAUCGGCCCCGAAUUGACCUGAUCAUGUUCGUGGUCAACCUUCACAGCAAAUACAGCCUCCGGAAUGUGGAGGAGUCCCUGCGCCAUGUGGACGCCACCUUCUUCCUGGGGAAGGUGGGCUUCCUUGCCACGGGCGCCGGCCGGGAGAGCCACUGCAGCGUUCACCGGAGCACCGUCGUGAGGCUGGCCCGCACCUACCGGAGCCCCCUGCUCUUCUGUGACCCGGAGGUGGACGGCUUCCGAGCCCCGGUCGCACAGCGGCUGGUGCGAAUGCUGCAGAUCUGUGCCGGCCACGUGCCUGGUGUCUCAGCCCUGAACCUGCUGUCCCUGCUGCGGAGCUCUGAGAACCCCACCCUGGAGGACCUGUGAGGCCUGCGGUCC